AGCAGAUGCAGUGCGCUGCAUGCAGCAGGGGGGUCUCGGAAGUACUCGAAUCUUCCUCACCCAAUAAAGGAGACCUUGUCCUCUGCUUGAUAUUCACUCCCCCAACUACAACCUGCAUCGGUCUGUCUCAAUCGGGAAAGGACUAUACACCCCACCACAGACCGAAUCCAACGAGAUCACAGAAUGAUAUAGGCACUUCAUUGCUUCAUACGGCUUGAGUCUGUGCUAGGACUCCGACUUAUACCGUCCGGUUGGCAAUUUACGACUCUGUCUGGCAACCGAGAUUCUCACCAUAAUAUCUUCUGUUAUUCUACAUCUAAUCUCCGGACUCAUUGCUUGAGAGUAUGGCUCACCGUCAAGAAGAUGACGAUGAUGACAUUUCCCUCACUUCGACGGUCUCCAGUGAGCCGAAAUCGGAGUAUGACGUCGAGGAAGUUCUAGCUGAGGGGCAAUUUGAGGACGGUGUCAGGUAUUUGGUGCAAUGGGCCGGUUACCCUCCUGAAAGGAAUAGCUGGGAGCCUGCCCAGGCCUUCACAAACGGCCAGACUAUGGUCGAUUGGCGUCGAAAAAAGAAAGCCAUUGCAGAAGGAAAGUGCAAAAAAUUCGAUGUAGAAGCCUGGCAGCAAUAUAUGGCAGAGUUAGAAGAAAAGAGGAUUGAACGCAAGCGCAGACGCGACGCUAAGAGACGAAGACUAAGCAGAUUAGCCGAUCAUGGGCGACGCCGAGCAUCAGCUGGAGUCGACCAUUCUUUACGAAGAUCUUCACCCCGGCUUCGCUACAGCGCUCAAGGAGUACAGGCACAGCAACGCGUUGCGCAGGACUUACCCCCGGUUUUGUUUGGUGGUGGCAAGCCAUCCCAAGCUCACCCGCAGCGUCGGAGUUCCCUCCAUUCGAACACCACAGGCAAAUGGUUUCCAAAUCUGUCAUCCAAGUGGUGGCACGAGAAGGCGAGAAAUAGGGAGUUGGAUCCUGAUAUCAAUCGACUGGACUUGAGACGGCCUUCGGAAUGGCCUGCCAACCCUCCCAUCGCCCAUAGGACAAGUGGUUCCUCAAACGUCACACCACCUCCGGAACAGACUCCAGACAUACAAUCAGCACCUUCUGGGCCCUCUCGGACAAGGUCUCCAGAAAAAGUGGAUGAGACCAUGACCGAAGUCAAUCAGCCAGCGGAGCAACGCAAGGAACGAGAGUCUGAAUAUUAUCCGGUCAAGAAUCCUCGAGGAGGAAGAAAUAUAAUGACAGCGUUCGGUGCACGAUUCGUAAGGUCUGGUGAACUUUUAAUUCGGAUCUUAUAUGGGCCGGAUAGGGAAAUUAUAGGCACAGCAAAGCUUUGUGGCUUGGAUACAUGGACAAGAAGUCAAGUUCUCAAGCACAAGAUAGGUCAUAACCUUGACAUCUGGUUUCAACAUGUCUAUACAUUGGAUCAAUAUCAGACCCUAGCCUCAAAUGCGAUGAACGCAGCGCGUGAUGUGGGUUGGAUCGAAGGGUAUGACGAUAGUUCACCUGAAAUUCGCCAGAUGUCACAGGAGCUUAAGCGAGAAAAUACUGUGGCUAUUUUCCAUUCCGAGAAGUCAUCUCUGGCGUUCUUCGCUUACCCUCCGGAUUCACUUGAUUUCCGGUUCCUUAGCAAUGUGCGGAAGGACAUUCCUGAGACAUAUCUUCAUGUUCAUGUUAGGGAAUUCCUAGGUUCUAUUGAGCAACUGCAACACAACGCAUAUGCUCAAGAGUUAAUACCACGGCAUAUUAAAACUGACACUGUCAAGGAGACCCAAAAAGUGAAUAAAUUCGACCACACCCACAAAGUGAAUAAGGUCGAUGAAUUCCAACACUCAGAGUUAUUCGAAGACGCCCGAAGCAGUGUCUCAAUCUCACUUGACACGGCCGAUCAAUCGGUAGAGAACACGUUGGAACGUCAUAUGUCCCCUAUUCGACCCUCAGAAGAGACGAUUGUAGAGAAGCCCAGACGACCAUCUUUACCUGACGACGUUCGAACACACCCUUCCUUUCCAACAGCAGAUACGUCUGAGGCAAUGGAGAUAGAUCACCAGGGACUGCCACCCGCUUCUGAAGAGGUUUCAUCCACUGGCGGCCCAUUUGACCUGAAGGCCUUCUUCAGAACGCAAUUUGGAGUGAAUUUUGAGACGUUAGUGAGAGUCAACGCAGGGAUCAACAAAACCCAAAUGGCACAGGCGCUAUACCUUAUGUUCCCGGAAGAUCCUGAACAUGUCAAAGAAUUCCAGUUAUUAAAUGAGUUCUUGAAGGAGUACAAACCAGUCGUGUAUUCAAGCCAGCAUGAGGACGAUUGGGAAAAAUUCGCGCGGACGGUCUCUUCCGGAGUUGUCUUUUUCCACGAGAGCUUUGCGUCGUUUCACGCACUUCCUUUUCUCAAAACUCUCCUCGGCAAGCCUGGUGUCGGGUUUUGGAGUGUCUCAUUGUCAAAGCCGCUCCAAUUCACGGAUCAGCCAUCCUGCUUUCAACGCAUAUUUCCCCACGGCUGUGUCAUCUUGUUGACCGAAGGAUUCAUGUUACAUGAGCCGGACGCCACGAUGAUCAUACUGGCCUGGAUGAGUGAUUGGGUUAAGAAGAAACUUCCGGGAAACUGGAAAAUUAUGUUUCGACCUGAUGUCCUCAACUGGGCUCUUCAGCAGUCGGAAACCAGUCCGGAGCGAAAGACAGGAAUUUGGUUGACCAUAUACCGCCUGAUCUUACAGCUCUGCGUUCCCCCCGCUUACGACACCCCCUCUGGCCAUGUGCUGCCAGGCUCUACCGAUGAAUUCUUUGAAAGCAACGUGAUCUCUCCGCCCGAUCUGCCUGGGUAUGGGCUUCGCACCCAGCAAGAAAGCCCCGAUCUACCUGUUGGCUCGAGUCGCGAAGUCCUCGAUACAGACCACCUGAUCGAAUUCUUUGCCGGAUGGGCCCUGGUCAACUCCCAUCUCUACCGCAAAUUCAUGGUAGUCACCUCGCAGAAGGAAUCGAGAUGGGAACAAUGGGAACACAUCGAGCUCAAGGCGGGCGCGAAGGACACUUUAGCUACCCUUAAAAUUGACCACAGGCACUACUGGCACAAGCUAGUUGAGAAGCGCAAUUCCGACGGAGAAGGACGGGUCCAGGCCACGCCGUUUACGCCGCGGACCCCCGGCGGCCAUCGUUCUGGGUCCACCGCCUCGGCUCUCGUUGAACAUAAUGCGUCGAAGGUCGCUCAGAAUUCUGCUUCGGCUCAGUUCAACUACCCUGAACCUUACCAUUAGUUCGAAACCUUGGUGGGGGGAUAUGUCUACUUCGAGAUCAAGCAGGGGCAAUCUCGAUAUCUGCUUGAAAGUCUUCAGCUCUUCAAGAGUUUCCAAAGCCAACGAAUUGAAUCGAGGACAAUUUUCCAUGCAAAUAUUUGGCGACCCUUGUUACAUACCUUAUCAGCGUGGAGUUUCUUUAUGAUGAUGCACAGAAUACCCUAUGAUUCUUUCACUAUGAUGAGUCCUUUUUUUCGGAGAUAUGUUGUCACCAUUGAGCUGUGGCUUUAAGCGUCCGCAAGGAAGAGUUAC